AUGAGACCAAUGUCUCAUCUUCGCGAUCCAGCGGAAUACAUCUCCAAAGCAAAACAUCGGCGGGCUGGUUAUAUAGUGAGAAGGAGAGACGACAAAUGGACACUAAGAGCUCUGUUAGGGAUUUCUCGCAAAGCAAAACGUCCUCGAGAGAGGUUACCGACCGGUUGGGCUGACGUGUUCAUGGCACGGAUGGACCAGCUGAAUCAGGCAUUGGCACGAGGUCUCCGAUAG